UCUUCUAGUUAGGGUUUCCUCGAUCCCCAAUUUCCCCACCCCAACCCUAGCUCCGAUCCACCCGAUGGCGGCCGCAGAGGGCAAGAAGAAGAUCAUCAAGCUCAAGAGUUCAGACGGUAAGGAGUUUGAGGUGGAGCAGGCGGUGGCCAUGGAGUCGCAAAUGAUCCGGCACAUGAUCGAGGACGACUAUACUGACAAAGGCUUGUUGCUCUGCAAUGUCAACUCAAAGAUCCUCUCCAAGGUCAUUGAGUACUGCAACAAACACGUCCAAGCAAAGGCCGUCGACACAUCUGAUUUUGGUGGAGGAGCUAGGCCGUUAGAUGCUACAUCGGCUGUGCCUGCGGCGCCCGCAGAGGACCUCAAAAACUGGGACGCCAAUUUCGUCAAGGUCGACACGGCCACCAUAUUCGACCUCGCACUGGCUGCGAACCACCUCAACAUCAGGGGGCUCCUAGACUUGACUUGCCAGACCGUCGCCGACAUGAUCACGGGAAAGACGCCAGAGGAGAUCCGCAAGAUCUUCAACAUCAAUGAGAAAUUAAGACCCGAGGAGGAGGAGAAGAUCCGCAGGGAAAACCAGUGGGCCUUUGAGUAGAGGAACAUCUA